AUGAGCUCACCAAACUCCCAAGACACGACUGACGACGCCGGAGUCGUGGAUAUUGCAGUCAAAACCAAGAACUGGGUCCAAUUCGAGGAGGAACCGGCUCCGAAACUGCCUGAAGAAAUUCUUCCAGCGACGAUAAAACCUGAAACAGUUACUGUUAGUAUUGAUAACAUUGUCAAGGAAGCCGAACAAAAAGAUAUCGCUAGUAUUCCUACGGCUAGUGUUCCUGCUGGAGCAGUAGCUGGUAAUUCAAACAAGAAAAACGAGUACAGCGGAGCUGUGAUAGCAACCGAGUCCGUCCAAAUAAAUUUAGAUAGAUCGGGACUCAGCAGAUCUAUUUCUAAUGAAAGUCCUGAAGCUAAUGUUCCUUCGGAUGUUAAAGUUUCCGAUCCUAAGAGCGCGUCUCUUAAAACUAUUGACCUCAGAGACACUUCUAAUGGUCGCAGUAAUGUUAAUAAUGUUAUCAGCACGCCUAUUGGCAACAUUAGGAGAGGAUUCGCUAAUGGUGACACUAUUGUCACACUACUACCGGUUAAUACGAGAUGGCCAUGGAUUACUCCGGCUAAAUUUCGACCUGAAUUAGUUCCGGAAGAACUUAUGGCUCAAGGUCUUACGUUAACGGUGGAAGAUUACGUUCACGUUAUGGAGUUGCUGGUCAACGAUGUGCGUUUUAAUAUGUACAAUAUUUGUUAUAAGCGUAUCCUUGUGCUAUGGAUUUUCACAGCAUUUGUUAUUCUACUUGGUCUGUUGUUUUCUGGUCUGGCUGGACUUACACUAUUUGGCCUUGGUAUUAUGUGGUUAAUACUAAAUGCAGCAGCUAUAUUUUUAUGUAUGUUUAUAAAGAUAAAACUAAAUCACAAUUUAGAAAAAUGUAUGGCUCAAGUAAACAAGCAUUUGUUACGUCACAAGAUAAUUGUCGGUCUAGAUGACAGAGGGAAAAUAUCUUGUCAUAAAGUUAAUUUAUGCUUCAUCUACUUUGACACUACAGACUGCGUAAAAAAACUCCAAGAAGUUAUCGAGAGAGAGGAACGCGAGGGCAGAGUCAUUGGAGGUGAAGAAACUAAUGAAAUGCAACGACGUAGACAGGAAUUGCAGCAGCGGAUGGACAUCGAUGAUACUGAUAUUGUCAUACAGGGAAGCACGACCACCAGGUUAUCACGCAAGCAGGGUAAAAGCGAGCAAGUGUUGUGUCGAUACAUUCAGCGAUGGGGAAAGGAUUACCUGAGACGGCGCUUAGACUGGACAGUUGAUGAAGAAGGUGGUAAUCCAUCUUCACCACGUCAUUUAGCGUCGGCUUUGUGUCCGUGCCAGUAUAUUGAAGAGUGGCUCCGCAAUAAACCACGGGUUCAAGGCCGAGAUUUUUGUCCUAGGUGGAGUAGUUUCCUGAGAGAUCGAGGGUGGACACGUCAAUUUGUCCGUCACAGACUCGACCUGGUAGUAGACUCCCAGGAACGGAAUAGAGCCUACGUUGGACCAGCUAUUCCUCCGCGUCACUGCGUCUCCGCCCGUUGUCCUUGCCAGUUUAUCGAGGAUCAUCUCAAAUACAAACCCCGAGGCAAGUUAACUUUACGUCAAAUAUUUACUUUGCCGGAUUUUGGCUAUCCGCCAGGUUUUACGUGGUGUGCUUACCUUAGCGAUCCUGCUAUUAGGUUUGACCCAACAUACAGCCCAAGUCCGUGCAAUAGAGUUUGA